AGCACUUCAAACCCAUCUCACCGGAGGGAAGGAUCCCCACCAGCCAAACCCAUCUCACCGGAGUGAAGGAUCCCCACCAGCCAAACCCAUCUCACCGGAGUGAAGGAUCCCCACCAGCCAAACCCAUCUCACCGGAGUGAAGGAUCCCCACCAGCCAAACCCAUCUCACCGGAGUGAAGGAUCCCCACCAGCCAAACCCAUUGCACCGGAGUGAAGGAUCCCCACCAGCCAAACCCAUCUCACCGGAGUGAAGGAUCCCCACCAGCCAAACCCAUCUCACCGGAGUGAAGGAUCCCCACCAGCCAAACCCAUUGCACCGGAGGGAAGGAUCCCCACCAGCCAAACCCAUCUCACCGGAGUGAAGGAUCCCCACCAGCCAAACCCAUCUCACCGGAGUGAAGGAUCCCCACCAGCCAAACCCAUCGCACCGGAGUGAAGGAUCCCCACCAGCCAAACCCAUCUCACCGGAGUGAAGGAUCCCCACCAGCCAAACCCAUCUCACCGGAGUGAAGGAUCCCCACCAGCCAAACCCAUUGCACCGGAGUGAAGGAUCCCCACCAGCCAAACCCAUCGCACCGGAGUGAAGGAUCCCCACCAGCCAAACCCAUUGCACCGGAGUGAAGGAUCCCCACCAGCCAAACCCAUUGCACCGGAGUGAAUGAUCCCCACCAGCCAAACCCAUCUCACUGGAGUGAAGGAUCCCCACCAGCCAAACCCAUCGCACCGGAGUGAAGGAUCCCCACCAGCCAAACCCAUUGCACCGGAGUGAAUGAUCCCCACCAGCCAAACCCAUCUCACUGGAGUGAAGGAUCCCCACCAGCCAAACCCAUCGCACCGGAGUGAAGGAUCCCCACCAGCCAAACCCAUUGCACCGGAGUGAAGGAUCCCCACCAGCCAAACCCAUCUCACCGGAGUGAAGGAUCCCCACCAGCCAAACCCAUCUCACCGGAGUGAAGGAUCCCCACCAGCCAAACCCAUCUCACCGGAGUGAAGGAUCCCCACCAGCCAAACCCAUCUCACCGGAGUGAAUGAUCCCCACCAGCCAAACCCAUCUCACCGGAGUGAAGGAUCCCCACCAGCCAAACCCAUCUCACCGGAGUGAAGGAUCCCCACCAGCCAAACCCAUCUCACCGGAGUGAAUGAUCCCUACCAGCCAAACCCAUCUCACCGGAGUGAAGGAUCCCCACCAGCCAAACCCAUCUCACCGGAGUGAAGGAUCCCCACCAGCCAAACCCAUCUCACCGGAGUGAAUGAUCCCCACAAGCCAAACCCAUCUCACCGGAGUGAAGGAUCCCCACCAGCCAAACCCAUCUCACCGGAGUGAAGGAUCCCCACCAGCCAAACCCAUCUCACCGGAGUGAAUGAUCCCUACCAGCCAAACCCAUUGAGACAAACGAUUGUGUCAUUCCAUCCUGGGUGGUACUUCCACGAGUCAAAAAAAAAAAAAAAAAUUGGUCAGAGGUUACAUUGGUUCAAAUGUCUUGUUUAAUUAUCAACUACGGCACGGUCUGUGGGUAAUCUCUGUGACAUAUAUAGCUUAAUUACAAGGCUCCAGGGGCACACUCGAAGCAGAAGAGGAUAACAUCUCCCCUGGAAGAAGCACCAAGAUGAAGGUCCUCCUCGUACUCCUUCCCCUGGUUCUGUCCGCGGCCAUCGAGAAAAAAGACGAAUUCAACUUCGAGUCUUUACCCGCGGAACCCAAACCCAGAUUCGCCAUGCUGGACGACGUGCGAAUCUUAGCCAACGGCCUCCUACAGCUCGGCCACGGCCUGAAAGAUUUUGUCCAGAAGACGAAAAACCAGAUCAACGAGAUCUUCCAGAAACUCAACGUUUUCGACAAGUCCUUCUACGACCUCUCGGAACAGACCAAUGAGAUCAGGGAGAAGGAGGAGGAAUUGAAGGUGAAAACCUCCAGGCUGCAGGAGAACAACGACGAGCUCAAAAACUUGUCCAAUAAAAUCUACUUCCAGAUAGAACAUCUCGUGCAAGAUAAAGCCCAGCUUCAAGACAAGAUCGGCCGCUUGGAGGAGAAGCUGAAUCAGAUUACCGAGGGCCAACCGGAUGGGCAAAACCACAAAGACAUAACUUCGCUGAAAAAUUAUGUGGAGCAACAAGAUCAUCACAUCCAACGGCUGCUGAAAGUGGUGCAAGAUCAGAACACGCAACUCGAUCACCAAAACGAGCAAAUCAAGGACCUCGAGGUGAAGCUCAGCAAUUCCAGCUUUCAUGAGGGUGUCAAGAAUUCAUCUGCCAGCCAUAGCCUGGAUACCCACGGGUCGUCCUAUUCCAACAACUCAGAAGAACAGACACUUAAACCAAAUGAUCAACCACGAGACUGCAGUGAUGUUUACCAGCAGGGCGAGAAGAUGAGUGGAAUCUAUACCAUCAGACCCACCAAUGGGACAGAAUUCAGAGUCUACUGUGAAAUGACUCCAGAUGCGGCGUGGACGGUGAUCCAGAGACGAGCAGAUGGCUCUUUGGAGUUUAACCAGACUUGGGAAGAUUACCGAAGCGGUUUUGGUGACCUCGCCGGUGAAUUUUGGCUGGGAUUGAGGAAUAUUUACUCUUUGGCUCAGCAAGCGGAUUAUAUUCUUCACAUCGAGCUCCAGGACUGGAAGUAUAACACUCGAUUUGUGGAGUACUUGUUCACCCUUGGGAACCAAGAUACAAGUUACACGCUACAAGUCUCACAGGUUCUCGGAAAUAUCCCCAGCGCUCUACCUGAAUACACACCGCUCCCAUUCUCCACUAGCGAUCACCACUCGCAGCACCUCAAAUGUCCCUCCGAAACAUCUUCAGGGGGGUGGUGGAAAGCUACCUGCGGCGGAACCAACCUGAAUGGAAAAUACACAAAACCGAGGUCUAGAGCAAAAUCAGACAAGAAGAGAGGUCAGGGGUUGUUCUGGAAACCCGAGAAGGGCAGGAUAUACUCCCUGAGGUCUUCAAAGAUGAUGCUUUACCGUACCGACCUGGAGAACUUCGACUAGCGGCGAGAGAGCCAAAACAUCUCUUGAACGUUUUGUAGCACGACUCGGAGACCGAGAAGUGAGAUGAACAUAAAAAUCGCACAGAUACGCACAGUUAAAACUGGACCGAAUCUCGUGCAAAGAACUUUGAUCUGGUUACAAACACAAGAACUAAGCAGUCAUGGCUGGUCCUGACACUAACCCGGGUAAUAGUAUUGAAGGGUACUGAUCAUUAACACAGCACGGAUAAGCAGCAAGUUUCAUCUGAUGACAAUUUUGAGGAAAAGCGCAUCUUUAUGUAUUGUAUUAUUGGCUGUGAGCUCCACCCCUGCAUGAAGCCCGAUUUGUGGGCAUUCCUAUGGUGAAGAAUAGGAUGCAGCAGAGCCCAGCCGCUACCGCAGUUGCUUCCCCAGUCAGUAUAGCAUAGAUCAAAAGCGGAAAAGGACUUUAUAACCACGGGCACACCAACUUAUCAUUAGCACCACAUCCCCUUGGUUAGAUAGAUACAAGAGGAUACAUUGGGAUUUUUAAGGUGCAAAAUGAGAUGGUUUAAUAUUAACUAGGAUACAUACGAAAUGUAUUUAUUUAAAGAAUAUUU